AUGGGAAGAAAUACACAGUCGAGCAGGGGAGCAAACCAAGGCACUCCUCCGAUCCGUUUUGCGCCUGAAAGCAAGGAAGAUCAUGGUCUGCGUGUGACUCCUGUGCAAAUGGCGAGGUCGCGUUCUACCUUUACUUGGCUUGCCUCGCUCGUGACACGUUUGGGCCUCCUUUACGUCCUUGUUGCCAUUUUCUGGCGCUGUCCUUCGCACCCUCUUUCGUUCGACUUCAAUGCGAACGACAAGCUGCUUGUAUGCCGUGAACUUGCGAGUGCAAAGGAGCACAUCACGCCCGUUGUGCACGACUUUAGCGUCUCUGCACGCAAGACGGUCGACCCCUACGUGGGCAGCUACUUGGACAAGGCACACCACGGCUGGGGCAAGAUGCAGCCCACUGUGGAGCGCACGAUCGGCCAUGCUCAAACGAUUUUUGUUAACCAUGUCAAGCCCGGCGCGUCUGGCGCGGCGAAGCAUGCCCACGCAUGGUCCCUCCCCCACCGGAAGGAGCUGCGCCGCCAGUACAACAAGCACCUACACAAGCAUGUCAAGUCUUUGUGCACUGCCGUGAAGCCCUAUCGCAAUGUUUACAACCGGGACGUUGCGCCCUACGUUGCCAAGGCAUCCGAACAGGCGCAUUACUUGUACAAUGCUGCGGGCGACCUUUAUGAGCGAGAGGUGCAUCCCCGCCUGAAGCUGCAUGCGUACAAUGGGUAUAUCUUUACUCGCCACACCGCAUUUCCGUUUGCACACGCAAACUAUGUGAAGCAUGCACACCCUCACAUUUCUGCCUUGUGCGCGCGCGCACAAAAAUUCGUCGACAAACUGCUAGUCAAGUACGGCUUGAGGCAGCAUUCGUUUUUUGACAAAGUGAAGGAGACCUUUAGCGAGACUGUGAAAAAAACCGAGUCUGCUACUGUCGACAAGGAGACGGGCGCUGCACAGCAGACACACGCUGCGCCCGACAAAGACACAGAUAAACUUCAAGCAGCGCUGGAUGCAGAGCUGAAGGCUGUGGAGGAUGCGCUUUCCAAGCAGGAAUCCGCGAUGCUGCGCCUUACGACCAACGAGCGCGACCACAUUCUGAAGGAGGCGUCGACGAUUCGCCACGAAUUGCUUACUACGCUCCCCGACAAAGUCUCUGAGCUCUGGUCGCAGCUGAUUGACGGGCAAGUGUCUGGCGUGUUUGUCCAUGCGCUUCGCGACGCGCAAUCGCUGCGGCGCAAGUUGGACGUCGGCCAGGAGCCUACGCCCGAAUGGCGCCAGGCCAUUGCGGCACUGGUCGACACGCGCGCCGACGACUUUGCACGCGCGAUCCAGACGGCCGAGGCGGACUUGAAUGCGACACUUUCACGCCAUCGGGGCUUGGAGGCCCGUGUGGUCCAGGAAAGCGUCGGCAAGAUCCGCCAGCAGUCGCGUAUUGCGCUCCAAGAGUUUUACAAUCUCAUGGAGAACACCGAGUUCCAGGCUACCUACUAUGACAACGAGGGCUGGGACUCUGCGAUGCGCCGUCGCGGCCGUCAUUUCCGCGAGGAAGUACAGGAGUAUUUGGAUCAAAUGACCGACCAAGGCCAAGCACGCGACAGGACAGAUCCAAUGACCGGCCCGGACGUUAAGGCCGAAGGCAAGAAGCUCGAAGCGACGCUCGGCGCCUUGUACGAAGAGGCGCUGCACGGUUUCCAUGUGAUUCUUGCGCAGGUCAUGCAGGAUCCCGAGGCGGUAUCUGAUCGCGCGAAGUUGGGGCUUGUGUACGUCGAUGUCCACGAUCUUGUAGCGCUGCUCUUUUCCAUGUCGGAGCAGAGCAUGCGUGAAUUUUCCGACGCGCUGCGUCUGGAUGCAGAUGCAGCUAAGGACGAGGCGGCAGGCCAAGCGGCAGAUGCAGAUGCUUUGCCCGUGGUCGACAAGGUGGCAUCUGUCGCUGCGCAAGCGAGCGUCGUUGUGAACGACACGGCUGCCGCUGCCGUCGAUGCCAUUCUCGCCGCGAUUGCUGGCAUUGAGCAUGCAUCUCCGCCCGACGAAGCCUCGACACACGACGGCACGAGCCAGGAAGCUGCGCCUGCUCCGUCCGCGGCGCCCACAGAAACGGUUGCUGCGACGGAAAGGGAUGCAGAGACGCCUGUCCCUACCAGUAUCUCUACCUACAGCACCACGACCGCGGAGCAAGAGCUGCCUACAGCGACUCCCACACCGCAUGAUGAAUUGUAG